GAUGCCAGCGGGCCCCGGGCACGCCUUCGAAGCCCUGAGCUCGAGUGAACCACAACCUACGGAGAUCCACCUUGUAGCUGGCUCCAAGCGGUUGCCCCUAGCUUGGCCAUAGGAAUCAGGUGCCACUCUUGGCACGUUGCGGGUGGGAGUUUGAGGACUCGGCAGACAUUGCCCUGCUUUCAGGCCAGCAGGCUCCUUCGGAAAAUGGCAGACGGCUUCUCACUUAAUGAUGCCUUAGCUGGCUCUGGAAACCCAAACCCUCAAGGAUGGCCUGGUGCAUGGGGGAACCAGCCUGGGGCAGGAGGCUACCCAGGGGCCUCCUAUCCUGGGGCCUACCCAGGACAGGCUCCUCCAGGGGGUUAUCCUGGACAGGCUCCUCCUAGUGCCUAUCCGGGCCCAACUGGCCCUAGUGCUUAUCCUGGCCCAACUGCCCCUGGAGCUUAUCCUGGCCCAACUGCCCCCGGAGCCUUCCCAGGGCAACCUGGGGGACCUGGAGCCUACCCCAGUGCUCCUGGGGCCUACCCCAGUGCUCCUGGGGCCUAUCCUGCUACUGGCCCCUUUGGUGCCCCGACUGGACCACUGACAGUGCCCUACGAUAUGCCCUUGCCUGGAGGAGUCAUGCCUCGCAUGCUGAUCACAAUCAUAGGCACAGUGAAGCCCAACGCAAACAGUAUCACUCUGAAUUUCAAGAAAGGGAACGACAUCGCCUUCCACUUUAACCCCCGCUUCAAUGAGAACAACAGAAGAGUCAUCGUGUGCAACACGAAGCAGGACAAUAACUGGGGAAGGGAAGAAAGACAGUCAGCUUUCCCCUUUGAGAGCGGCAAACCAUUCAAAAUACAGGUCCUGGUUGAAGCCGACCACUUCAAGGUUGCGGUCAAUGAUGUUCAUCUGUUGCAGUAUAACCAUCGGAUGAAGAACCUCAGGGAAAUCAGCCAACUGGGGAUCAUUGGUGACAUAACCCUCACCAGCGCUUCCCACGCCAUGAUCUAAGCCAGAAGGGGUGGGCCGGCACCAGAACUGCCCUGUGUGUUAUGAGCGGGAAACUUUGCAUUUCUCUCUCCUUAUACUUCUUGUAAGACAUCCAUUUAAUAAAGUCUCGUGCUGAGAGAUA